AUGAAGCCAGCACAUUAUCGCUCAGCCUGCCGGAGUUUUUCCGAAGACGUUGACAAGAAUAAAAUGUGGGACGAAUUUCUUAGUAUAUGUCAGUUAAUUUUUGAAACUAAAGCCAAAGACAAAUUUCCCUGUUUUCUCGCUGAUGACUUGUGGAAAGUUACUAAUUGUGACAAUAGAUUCGAGAAAUUGUCAGCUGAACAGGUGAGGUUGCAAAAAAGUGUUAUUCAAAAUAGUCCAGCCGUUCUGGAAUUUCUUGAAGAGCAUGGCAAUAUACUGAGUGAUGUCCAAAAAAAGGUGAACAGUAUCGUGUGCAGUGAUGUAUGCGCUGUUGGAGAUUCAGAUGCUGAAACAUCAGUCGCUAAAAAUUUGUCUGACAUUGCUGAAGAAGGUAACAAUGAUGAUGAAAAUGUUAUAACAGUCAGACGCAAGAAAAGAAGAAACAUCUUACUAUCAACUAAUACAAGUCCACGUUGUCAUGCAAUAUCAAAGACCACUGUUGAACCUCGUAGGCCUACGCAAUAUAAAAUAUCAGCUAGUAAAGUUGUGAAUCGGAAAAAAUUUUAUCACAUUGGUAAUGUUUCAAAGACUUGUGCAUCCAAUGUUGUUGACCACCUUAAGUCAAUUGAUGUUAAAGUUUUGUCUUGCUACCCUGUAUUCAAGAGGAGAGAUGACAAAAUAAAACUUGAUGAAACCCACCCUUCUACGUCAUUCUGGUUGUGUGUAGAUGAAAAGUAUGCGGAAAUAGUUGAAAGAUCAAGUUCUUGGCCUGAUUAUGUUCAGGUUAGGAAGUGGGUUUUCAAUAACAACAGCAAAAGUGGCAAGACAUGUUCUGAUGUGAAACGAUGA